CACUCUUGAAAAAGGAAGUGCGACACCAAACAGAAAGCAUACGUCAGAAUAACUUACAACUCGACCAAGCACAAGGCCAUCACGUCCCCAACGCGCGUCAAGACUUGUUGGCUGCCAAGCACUUAACUGUUCUAGCUUUACCAUCUUAGAGACAUCCUCGAGCUAUGGCAGAAUGACCGGCAGCAGGUAUUGCAGUUCCCUCGCAGGAUCCAAAGUCGGAAAAAUAUCCACAGCUCAAAUCCGAGCUGGAGAUGCUCAUGGAAUGGUUAAAGGAAUUAAACACGUAUUUCUACCGCCCUGCUCUUGAAACGUUCCGGACACUCAUGAGAAAAUGCACAUCGUCCAUGACUUCCAUUUCCAAAGCCACUCAAGUUUCUACACCCACAUUAUUCCGGCCUGCAGGGGCUGUUCGAGACAUGGCCCGCAUUCGAAAACAAGUCUAUUCGCCGUUAUUCUCUCUGAUUUCGCUAUGACCUACUCCGAUACUGAACCUCGAGGAACUCUCCGCUAUCGCCUUCUUUCUGCAUCUUAGCGGCAAUCAUGGGGCUCGGUGUAGCAUACGCAGGCUUGCACCGCGAG